GUGUUACGUUUCCAAGUAGAGAGUGUAGCGUUGACCGUUGAAUUAAGCUGACUUGUUAAGAAACGAACAGAGCAGAAGAGAGAGUGUGAGCGAAAGUCAUGGAUGAAAUCCAGCAAAAGUUCAUCAAAGUUGACGGUCUCAACCUCCACAUCGCUGAAAUCGGAACAGGUCAAAACGUCGUCGUAUUCCUGCACGGGUUCCCUGAGAUAUGGUACUCGUGGCGCCACCAGAUGAUUGCCCUCGCCAAUGCAGGUUUCAAAGCCAUCGCCCCCGAUUUCAGAGGCUACGGUCUCUCUGAUCCCUCGCCAAACGCCACGUUCUCUCAUCUUCUCACUGACCUCCUUGCAAUUCUUGAUUCUCUUGCUAUUCCCAAGGUUUUUCUUGUUGGGAAAGAUUUUGGAGGCCGUCCUGCAUAUUUGUUUUCCAUUUUACACCCGGAAAGGGUCCUGGGAGUUAUCACAUUGGGAGUUCCUUAUGUUCCACCAGGCCCGUUACAUUUCUCUAAGCUCCUUCCUGAAGGUUUCUACAUUUCGAGAUGGCAGGAACCAGGGAGGGCUGAGGCCGAUUUCGGACGCUUUGAUGCAAAGACUGUUGUGCGGAAGAUUUACACCCUCUUUUCAAGAAGUGAAAUACCAAUAGCUCAAGAAAACCAGGAGAUCUUGGAUUUGGUUGAUUCAUCUACUCCUCUUCCCCCUUGGUUCACAGAGGAAGAUCUUGCAACAUAUGGGGCCUUGUAUGAGAAAUCUGGAUUCCAAACUGCGUUGAAGGUUCCAUAUAGAUCCCUUGGUGAAAAAAUUAACUUGCCAUCAGAAGCUAUAGUCAAAGUUCCAGCACUUCUGAUAAUGGGUGGGAAGGACUAUACUCUGAAGUUUCCGGGGAUUGAGGAUUUGACAAAGGCUGAAAAGGCGAAAGAGCUUGUGCCGAAUCAGGAGAUAACAUUCAUCCCUGAGGGGACACAUUUUGUUCAAGAACAAUUCCCUGCAGAAGUCAAUCAGCUUAUCUUUGCCUUCCUUGCCAAGCACACUUGAUCUUGGGAAGUUAGUCAUGAAUGGUGUAUGAAGAGUUUAAUCUUCAAAAUAAUUUCAGGGCAUCCUCAAAAAUAUUGGCGUAACAAUCGUGUCCCUUGUUAAUGCAUUAGUAUUUAAAGAAAAACUUCUUGUUCAAUAAUAUGGCUCUAUAAAUAUUAGUAGUUUAGUACAAGUUCAAAAACUAUACCCCUGUAAAGUAUUGCGAUUUGGCUAAUUAGAGUAUCAUUUUGGUUAA